AGCGGAACAUGUGCUUGUGCUGUGUACUGUCAUCUUCGAUCUUUAUUCACCGAUAAAGAGUUAGCAAGCAGUCAUGACAUCUUUAGCCCAGCAGCUUCAGAGGUUGGCUGUACCUGAGGCAAGGGCUGCUGUCGCUGCUCAGAGGAAAGACAGAAAGUCCUUACUCUUUGACCCUGCCGAGGCUGGAGGACUAGACAAAGAUACAUUCUAUGCCAUCGGUGUCAAUGGUUUGCAAGAGUUGCAGGGCAUCGAUCCUCGAUUCCACGACCUUGAGAGUCUUCUAUUCGAUGAGGCAUCCAAGUCACUGGAACGUUCCAUUGAGAAUAGGGAGAUCAACGAUAAACUAGACAAGAAGAUCAGGCAAUUCUUGUUGACUGUCUCCCCCUACUUCCUCCUGAAACCAGCGCAGAAGGCUAUUGAAUGGCUAGUUUACAGGUUUCAUAUCCAGGAGUACAAUACCGAUGACCUGAUGAUGUGUGUGCUUCCAUACCAUGAGACCAAAAUCUUUGUCAGAGCUGUUCAGCUUCUCAACCUCAAGAAUAAGAAAAGCAAGUGGAAUUGGUUGGAGCGUAUUCAGAAACCUGGUGUGAGUUUGUCCAGGCUUUCCCUUGUAACCCACUGCAUCUCUGACAGAGGAUUUCUUCAUUUCAUCUGUGAACUCCCUCUGCUUGCAAUCAAGGCUCACAAGAAGACUGUCCUACCCGGGGGUUCCCCUAACCCACCCUCCAACGCUCCUCUCCGCGUCAUGUUCACCUUCUAUGCUGCCACCGUCGUCUCGGCCAUCUCGUCGCCGGGGGCGAUCAAGGAAGUCUUCUUGGCCUCCAUCCUCCCAUUCCUCCUACGAGGUCUGAAGCUGGACUACCUGGAUUAUAAUGGUGCUACCUACAUGAUCGUCUGCCAGCUCGGUGUGUCUGCCAUGCUCAAGAACACGCUCCUGGAGCCACUCAUGGAAGCCAUGUGCCAGCAUGUGAAUGCUGAGAUGAUCCAGCAGAUGUUAGGGUGCUUAGCAGUGUUGUGUAGGACUCAGAACAUCAAACAGCUUCCUGGAAAAGUGAUGUUCCAGAUCUGUGCCUUGCCGAAGGUCUUGAUCUCCCUCGCCCAGCUGUCUAAGUCACACAACAUCACCCCUCUGCUCGCUGCCCUGCUCCCUCACCUGACUACCGCAGCUAUCAAUGCAGAAGUCAGUGAGGACAUUGAAUUUCCAGAGGGGUGCAAGGAGCUGGAUCUGAUAGCCUCCCUGACUGGAAUUCUGAGAGAGAUCCAUGUUGAGAGCCACAUUGUGGUUGACACUGCAAGGUGUCUUCUCCAUGGGUAUGUGUCUGCAUGUACCGAUGGCCUCGAUGACGAACGCAGGAGAGACCUCAGAGAGAAGAUCGCCCCUGUAGUGCAGAGCUUGGAAAGGAGGUUUCCUGAAGCAAUGGAUUUGAUUCUUGAGUCUUACCUAGCGGAGGUUGAGGAUCAAGAUAAGCAGCAGUAUGUCCAGGAUUUUGUCUCUAUGUAUUCAGGAGGCAUGAAACAUCAGCUUCUCCCUGAAGCUAACACAAGCCUGGUAUUGAGUCUCAACCAUGCCAAUCCAGAUGUGAGAAGAAUGGCCGUCAAUCACAUCCACAAUCUCAUUCAACAGGGAGGAGAGUUAGAGCCAUUUUUCCAGGAGAGUCUGCUUCAGAGACUACAAGAUGAUUCCCUCUCUGUAGUAGGUGCUGUCCUGCAGAUUGAUGAGUGCCUUUGUGAGUUGCUCCCUGCGGAUCCAGUGUUAGCAGCUCUCCAGAAACUCCUCAACAAAAGGAAGAAGAGGCAUGGUGAUGAUUGGGGCAACAUGGUCAAAGGAGCAAUCAAGAUCAUCACCAGCCAAACCUUCAUCUCCAAGGCCCCUCACCUGGUAGAUGAUGCGGUUGCCAUGACGAUACCACACAUCUUCCUAACCACCCAAGCAAACUCUAGCUUGGAGUUGGAGCUUCGAGCUGCAAUUGCUAGAUCCCACAUGGUCACUAGUCAUCCACUAAUGAAAGGCUUAAAAUCUGCCUUGUCAUCCAAAAAAACAGCGAAUGAAAGGCAGACAACCACCAAGAUUUUAGAUCUUUUGGGCAAGAACAUGGCUGCCAUGAAGCAAGAAGAUAUGGACAAGAUGGUUUCAUCUCUGCUCUCUCAUCUGGACGCCACAUCCAAACCUGAGGCUUACAGGCUGAUUGUAACCACCGUCCUCCUACGAGCCCUGCAACACAUUCAUGACAAUGAAUCCAAGCUCUACAUGGCCAGGAAACUUCUUGCAGUGCUGGAAGUAGAUACAUUGAAGACUUGUCAUAAGAACAUUGAACUAAUCAGGAUGGAGCAGGGGGAGAAUGGAGGAGAGCAAGAUGGCCCCCUCCAGGCAACAGGUGUUCCAUCUACAGGUCUCCCUCCCCAGCUACACACUCACCUGUCAGCCCUGCUAACACUGAAGAGAAAGCACCGUGUAGCUGGCACGGUAUACCUUCAUUCAUCCCAGGUACAGACCAUGGUAUGGGCACUGGAAAGCAUGGUGCUCUCUCUUGCACCAUCCGUGUCAUCCCUAACACCUGAUUCAAAAUGGUGGGUCCCUGGAACAGAGGCAGGUCAUGUCGGAGGUCAGUUUGUGACCUUUAUGCUCCAGCUUGUUGACCUCUUGACCCGAGGGUCAUCUGAGUGUCAUCUGAAGGACAAGACCAGGCAAGGAUUUAGGAGUAUUAUACACAGUGUCAUCAAGAAUCUGUUCAAAGAUUCCACAAGUUUCCUCAAGCUGCUCAGCAUUGGAUGGAUCGGUCAUGUGACACCCUCUCAGCCAAUGGGAUUCAAGCCUUCUCCGCUGUUUCAAGUGCGAUGUCUCAACAUGGCUUCCGCUAUCUUUGGCUCCAUGGAGGAAGACGAACUCCAUUCUCUUUUGGGGAAGGAGAGUUUUGUUCUACCUUGUCUACUGAUCGCACUGUCCAGUCAUCUGGAGCCUGUGAGAGCUGUGACGAAUGGAUGCCUGCAGACUGUCAGUGAUGGUUACCAUGGAGACAGUGCCGGCCCCUACCAUUGGCUCAUCCAGCGACUACGCAAGAAGACAGAAUCUAUUGAACUAGAUUCUGGAUAUAUCAAACAGGCUCUUGGGAACUCCCUCAUGAAGGCCAACAAAGUACCAGACGUCACUUUCCCAAAGCAGAAGAAAACAGAACCUGAUGCGAAAGGAGCUUCUGCCUUACAGGCAAGGCAAUGCUUGGAAUGGAUCCUAGACUAUGUGAAGCAAGAGGGCAUUCCACAUCAUGCACAGAGAUCACUUCUUGAGCUCAUUGAGCUAGUAGAUUCAGAAAUUGUGCUAUCAUCGCUUCUGGACCUUCUCCAAGACCUCCUAGUCCAGGCCUUCGUCGAGGAGGGCUCCCUCAGUGUUGACCAGACGCACAGCUUGCAGUGUAUCCUGAGUCACCUGACCCCUCAGACGGCUCACCUGAUGUCUGAGCAGAAGAGUCUAGACCUCCUACUGGAGGUGCUGAGUCGGGAGAAGCCGGUCUGCGGAGGAUUGGCUUCUCCAUCAGAGAUGGCUUUUAAACAGAUGACUGGAGCAUUCUUCACAGCCCUUCCUACAGCCGAUGUCCAGCAGUCAGUACUGGCCAGACUGAUUGACCUGCAGGUGGACACACACAAUUCAGCUACAGCUAAUCAUCUGGCUAAGGUUUUUAAGAAGCUUCCACUGACUGCAGCACAGGUUGUGAAAGAGCUCACGCAGAUAACGGCAGGUCAGAAACCGAAGAGUGUCAAGGAUGCCAGAAGAGUGAGGCAAAAGCAGAAGACGACCAAUGUGGACGAUCCGUCGUCGCAGGCCGCAACAAGCGAGGGCCGGGUGUGGCAGAGGGUCAUGACUAUCUUGGAGAAUCUACAGCAGAGGAAACUAGGGAAGAUGGAGGGCAGGCAUACUAUCGUACCCACGCUCUUCACCAUCCUCAGCCUGUGCCUUGAGCUACCCGCCACUGAUCAGGGAUCUACUGAAUACAUCAAGCAACUCCUUCUCACCACCAUCCUCAACAUCUGUGAUCAUCUGGGCGAUACAGACGCAGAAGAAGAAGCAGGGCCGCUUAUAACAGAAGAGCAGUUCAGCGUUGAGUUGGUGGUGCAGUGUAUUCGUACCUCAGACAAUCCUCAAACACACAACCAUGCUUUGCUUCUACUGGCUACUGCUGCCAAACUCUUCCCUGAGCAUGUGUUGCAUAACAUCAUGGCAAUCUUCACGUUCAUGGGAGCGAGCCUACUGCGUCAAGAUGACAGUCAUAGCUUCCAGAUCAUCCACAAGACAGUGCAGACCGUUAUACCUGCUCUGGUCAAGGCAAGCAAGGACCAGUCUCUCCCAUCCUCCCUGGCAGGCAACCUGGAGGAUGUUGUAACCAUGGUGAUGCAGACCUUUGUGGAUGCGUUCCCUCACAUCCCGGAGCACCGUCGUCUGCCCCUGUUUACCCAUCUGGUGCAGUCUGUGGGCGGGAUGGAGUAUCUCUGGAGGGUCAUCCUGCUGCUGAUUGGAGGAUAUGCGACCAAAGGAGCUACGGCCAUGCUCCCCGAGGAGACAGAGACUAAGGGUCCUGGCAGGAAUCUUGAGUUCUGGUUGACGCUCUGUCAUCAUUUUGAUCCUGAUACCCAAGUGAUCAGUCUUACGAAGAUGCUGGGAUACCUAGCAACGCUCAAAGGGAAGAAAGAAGGUGUCGCCAAGACGCCAUCUCAUUAUUCCCGGUCAUCACGUUCAGCAGGAUUGACUCCAGGGUCAAAGGGCAAGACACAAGACCUCAUCUUUGAUCAAGAGUCUCACAGUCCUAGGCAGCUGAGACAUUUCAAGUUCACUUCCGUAGGGUUCUUGUCCCAGCUCCUUACCAGUGAUCCAUUCAUUGCUCAGCUUGUCAAUCUCUCUGAGGAGAAAUCUGCUUCAAUGCAAGCCCUUUAUCAGAAGCUUCUGGAGCAGACAUUGUGUUACAUCACCCAUGUAGCUCACUGUAUCCAGGACAACGCUGAUCCAAACACAGCCAAGUUCUGGAGGGCACUCCUGCACAAGGCCUAUGAUGUCCUAGACAAGGUCAACUACCUGCUACCUGCCAAGGUGUUCAUUGGGGUGGUGUCUGGUCUCAUAGGCAACCGUCUCCCUACCGUCAGGAGGAAAGCCAUGGAGCUGCUCAAUAACAAGCUCAUCCAAAACAAGGAUGGCUUUGAAGAGGAAGAGACUGCUAUGCUCCUUGGUAUGCUGGAUACCCUGGUGGCCAUAGCCAAAUCAUCCCGGGAGAACCAGGCCGAAGCAGAUGAGCUCGACAUUAAUCGGCAGACCGCCCUCUACAGUCUGAAGUUACUCUGCAAGCUGUUUGGCAGUGAACAUCGUAAGGAGUUCACCAAGGUGAUGGAUGUUGCUCUUGGCAUCAUCAUGGAAACGCAUGGCAAUAACCAGGUGAUAGCAAGUGGUUUGCUCUGCCUAGCUGAAGCAGUGAGUAGUCUCAAGGCCCAUGCUAUCCCGUACCUGAGUCGAUUCAUGCCACCUCUACUUGAUACCUUGGCAAGCAAGACCCAUGUCACAAGUUCUGACCUUCAUCUCCUGAGCACAGUGACAGCCAUUCAGAAGAUCUUGGAGACCCUCCCUCACUUCCUCAGUCCUUACCUUGGUCAAUUGCUCCAACAGGUGUGUCGUCUGUCUGGUUACCGUCAGGAUGAAGAGAAGUCUCAGCUCACGCUCCGUCUCAAGGCAUGUCGUCACCAGCUCUCCUCAGCACUGCCCCCUAGGGUUCUCAUUCCUGCCGUCAGUGAAUGCUACAAGACCAAUGUGUCAACUAGCAAGACCAGCAUCGGUCCUCUGAUGUCCAUCUUAAGUGACCAUCUUGACCAGCUACCCAAGGAGGAUCUCUUGAGCCACCAUCAUGCUAUGGUCAGUCUCUUCCUACAAGCACUGGACUAUCGGUCAAGCCACACAGAGAGUACUCUGGACGAGGUAUCGGCCAUUGAAGGGCAUGUGAUUGAUGCCGUCAAUACCAUGGUGAUGAAACUCUCAGAGGCUACAUUCAGACCUAUGUUUCUCAAGGUAUACGAAUGGGCUACGCGAGGCAGCAACCCUGACAGACAGCUGACCUUCUACCGUCUCUCCGAUGGCAUCGCUGAGAAGCUUAAGAGUCUCUUCUGUCUCUUCGCAGGUCACCUUGUAGCUAACAUUGCAGGGAUCCUGAAUGCAAACAACGUCAUUAAAACAGACAAGCCAUUCUUUGAGGAGGACACCCAGAGUAAAGAGAAGUCAGCCAGUCUGCUGGGGUAUGCACUGGAUUGUCUGCACAAGUGCUUUCAUUAUGACAAGGGAGACUUUGUGAGCAAGGAGAGAUUUGAGAAGCUUAUGCAGCCUCUUGUUGAUCAGAUUGAGAAUACACAAGGAGGGGAUGAUAUAUACGAGGCCCGCAUCACAAGUCACCUGACACCGUGCAUCGUUCAGUUCAUGGUUGCUGCUAAAGACCCCUCCACUUGGCAACCACUCAACUACCAGAUCCUUCUCAAGACCAGAAACUCCUCUCCAAAGGUUCGCUAUGCUGCCCUCACAGUCCUGCAGGCCGUUCAUUCUCAGCUGGGUGAAGACUACCUAUCUCUACUUCCUGAAACUAUUCCAUUCUUAGCUGAACUCAUGGAGGAUGAGUCGGAGGAAGUAGAACAGCAUUGCCAGGAUGUGGUCUCUGAGCUUGAGAAGACUUUGGGAGAACCGCUUCAAAAAUACUUCUAGGAUCUCAUCCCACGCCUUCGGUCCUACUCUAAACCCGAAAUCUAGUUAUGUUCUGAACUAGAGAUGAAGC